ACCAGGGCAUGUAGAUCAGAGGAAGUAAAACCAACCUGUGAUGAACCUUAAACAGCACCAUCGCUGUCAGACAUGUGUGACUCUCUCUUCACUGCUAUUAGCUGCACAUUCUUCUUACUGGUCUCUGCUGAAGAAUGCAGCCAGAGUAUUCAGGCCAGACGUGCCACUUUUUAUGCACCACAAGGGGGCACUCUAUCUCUGUCCUGUGUGGUCCAGCACUGUGGGGACACCUGGACAGGGAACUGGAUAUGGAAAAAUUCAACUGAGGAAAAGACUGUUGAAAACUCUGAUCGUCAUAAUUUGACUAAUGUGACAGUCUCUGCAAACGAAACGCGCCUGCUUUUGCAUUUCCUGACAGUCAGCCAAUUGGAUGAAGGUUCCUAUAGGUGUACCGUUACAUGGAGUCAAGGCAACACUGAUUUGGGACACUGGAUGUAUGUGAAAGCUGCCCCCUCUGGGAGGAAUUUGUUGCAUAGGGGUUUGGUCUGUGCUGGUGCUUUUGUUUGUCUUCCCAUCAUUCUGGGAUUGGUUCGUUGUCUGAGUUCAGAGGUCAAGCCUCAGCCACUUCCCAGGACAUGUUCCAGAUAUAUAGCUCCCCCCCACCCCCAGCAGCCUGAGACUGAGUUGGUGUAUGCAGACAUUUCCCACGAUGCACGGAGGCAACAGGGAGCCACCAGAGAACCAGUCCAGUCCACAGUGUACUCAUCGGUCAGAUUUUCUUGACUGCAGUCAAGGCAGUAUGGAGGUGAAAAGUUGUCUGCUGAGGAUCAAUUAUGUGUUUACAUUUUAUGGGAUACUGGUUGAUCAUUGUCAGCUUCAGGAAACAUAAGCAAUGGACUUGUGAAGCUUCCAAGCAGCUAACUCUUGUCGAUUCAUGUCUGUAGACUGUCCUGGUUACUCUCUGCAGAAGCAGUGACUGUUUUAACUGUCAGGAAGAAAGAUGUACCAAAAAUCAUUCAUAUGCAUGUAGCACAGCAGACGGCAGACAGCAAGAGGAGCAGAUGAGGUACCGCAGCAUGUAUCUACUGUACCACCUGAACAACCAGGAGCUUCUGCAGAGAAAAGACUCAGCUUUGUGCUACAUUUUCACCAUUGUUAAUGCUUUGAUUAUUUUUGAAAUGUGACUGAAGACAAGAAAGCAUAGUCUCACCAAUUUAAAUGUGUUGCAUUUUUAAAUAUUCAUUCAUUCAUUCAUU